CUGAUUUUUAAGCGAGCAGUGACACGACCAUAUCAGACAGCGAGAAAAGCGGGAUUGUACUGCGUUUAAGCGGUUUCUGCGUGAGGAUACGGAACAGCCGCUUCUAGUUUCUUAACAUCUGGGCAGAGAUGUAACAGUUUCCCGACAUUGGCGCUGUGUUUUUGUUGCUUUUGUUGUAUUUUGUUGUGGGGACCUCCCUAAAGCUUCAACUCAGGAACUCUGACAUUCCCUGUCUUGGCAGCUACACUGUUUUCCUUUUGCCGCAGUGCAACAUUUCUGUGUGUUACAGUGUGCAGAAAAUGGCAACUGCUCUCAGUGGACGCCCACCUAACAAUCGGAAAGGCCGUAUUUUAGGCAUUAUUGACGCCAUCCAGGACGCUGUCGGACCCCCCAAGCAGGCGGCCGCGGACCGUCGGACCGUAGAGAAGACAUGGAAACUCAUGGACAAAGUAGUGAGGUUAUGUCAGAACCCCAGACUACAGCUGAAGAACAGUCCUCCGUACAUCCUGGAUAUUUUACCUGACACUUACCAGCACCUGAGGCUGAUUCUGUGCAAAUACGAAGAGAACCAGAGACUUACUCAGCUAAGCGAGAAUGACUAUUUCAAAGUGUACAUCGACAGCCUGAUGAAGAAAUCCAAAAGAGCGAUCCGUCUCUUUAAGGAAGCCAAGGAGAGAAUGUAUGAAGAACAGUCACAAGACAGACGCAACCUCACCAAGCUCUCGCUGAUCUUCAGUCACAUGUUGGCCGAGAUCAAAGCCAUCUUUCCAGGUGGACAGUUCCAAGGAGACACAUUCCGCAUUACCAAGGCCGACGCCGCCGAUUUUUGGAGAAGGUCUUUUGGCGAAAAGACAAUAGUGCCAUGGAAAAUGUUCCGGCAGUGCCUUCACGACGUGCACCCCAUCAGCUCCGGGUUAGAGGCCAUGGCUCUGAAAUCCACCAUCGACCUCACUUGCAACGACUACAUCUCCGUCUUUGAGUUUGACAUCUUUACUCGUCUUUUCCAGCCGUGGGGCUCAAUCCUGAGGAACUGGAACUUCUUGGCAGUCACGCACCCAGGCUACAUGGCCUUUCUGACGUACGAUGAAGUGAAGGCACGUCUGCAGAAGUACAUCAACAAACCUGGCAGCUACAUCUUCAGGCUGAGCUGUACGCGGUUAGGACAGUGGGCCAUUGGCUACGUCACGAGUGACGGCAACAUCCUGCAGACUAUCCCACAUAACAAGCCGCUGUUCCAGGCCCUCAUUGACGGAUGCAGAGAAGGCUUUUAUCUGUUUCCAGACGGGCGUAGUUAUAACCCAGAUCUUACAGGCCUGUGUGAACCCACCCCACACGACCACAUUAAGGUCACACAGGAGCAGUAUGAGUUGUACUGUGAAAUGGGCUCCACAUUUCAGCUGUGCAAGAUCUGUGCUGAAAACGAUAAAGAUGUAAAGAUAGAGCCAUGUGGUCACCUUAUGUGCACUUCCUGUUUGACAUCAUGGCAGGAUUCUGAUGGUCAGGGUUGCCCGUUCUGUCGCUGUGAGAUCAAAGGCACCGAACCCAUCAUUGUUGAUCCGUUUGACCCACGCAACGAAGGGGCCAAGUGCUUCCUACUGGACCACUUCAGCUCCCCCAUGCUGGAUCUGGACGAUGACGAUGACAGAGAGGAAUCGCUGGUUAUAGACCAUAUCAAGAAGUCCAUGGAGAUCCAGAACUCGCCGAUAAUGUCUCCGAACUCAUCCCCUGUGUGUGAACGCCGGAAAACCGCUGCAGAUCACAUGGGUCCACACUUGAACAUUCCGCCCGUACCUCCCCGCCUUGAUCUCAUCCGUUCUCCCGCUCCUAGUCCCACAGGCUCACCCAAGUCAUCUCCAGGCAUGUCCAGAAAACAGGACAAGCCCCUUCCUGCCCCUCCACCUCCACAGAGAGACCCCCCUCCCCCACCUCCACCAGAACGCCCACCUCAUAUCCCUCAAGAAGGCCGGGCUGCCUGGCUCAUCACCCCUUCGUCUGGCCUUCCCAGGGACCCUAGAACACCCCUGGAGGCUUGGAGUCCUAAAGACAGCAAUGCUUUAUCAGACUGCAGGACGUCUGCUGCAGACCGCUCCCCCAAACUCGCCCACGCCGCCCCUGCGCACAUCAACGGGAGACCCCUCAGCUGCUCCGGCGCAGACUUGGGGUUAAACCGAACCAGCCACAGACUGAACGCGCAGUCCGAGUGUAGUAAGUCUUUCAUCAACGGUCUGUUACCUGGUGAUGAGUACGACGUCCCCCCUCUGCGUCACUCCCCUCCCCUCGUGGACCACAAUCAGAGACACACCAACCCCUUCACAAGCCACCGGAGUCUGACAGACAGAGUGGAGGACGAGUAUCAGAUUCCCUCAUCACAUCCCGUUUGCAUCACACAGCCGCCCGUGUGCAUCCCCUUCCGCAUCCCCAACAGGGCUUUGGAAAAUGGCUCGUCGGAUCUCUCAACAGACAUAAAGAAGCCUAAACCUCCAGAGCAUGGUGGGUUUGACUCUGGUUCUUUGAUUUCGGGUGUGGCUCACACCACACAGUGCCCCCUCCACAACAGGACACCCUCAGACUAUGACAUUCUACUGCCCCCUCAAGCGUCUCCAAUGGAAGACCCGUUCAACUCUCUUCCUCCAACCCAGCCUCCUCCUCCUCCUCCCCCUAUCAGGAACAGUUUUACAGAACCCUCCCCCUCCUCACCCUAUCCCAGACCUGCCCGCCCCUCGUCUGGACACGAUCACUUCCUGCUCAGCCCCGACACUUUCAUAGAACAAUUAAAUAACUCGCCUCCCAAUCCUCCUGUGAGGAGACAAACCGGAGACAAUAUGAAGACGCCAUUCAAAGCUCCACAAGACUACGAUCAACUGCCGCCAACCUCAGUGGCCGGAGAUUGCUUCAGGGCACCUGAGAGACCUCCAAAACCACUUCCCAGGAUCAUCCCACCAGAUAUCCACAGGAGACCGCACGAAUCGUCCCGGGAGAACGUCGACGCCAAGAUCGCCAAGCUGAUGGGGGAGGGCUACUCGUUUGAAGACGUGAAACGAGCGCUGAUGAUUGCGCAAAACAAAGUGGACGUGGCACGGAACAUUUUGCGGGAGUUCGCGCUAGUCGCCCCCAGGCAGGGCCUGUAGUCUGCGCCGAAGCGAUUUUGAACUAAUAACGACUGUCUCUGAGCGUACAAACCGCAGGCUGACUUCGCUUAGCACAUACAGCAAAUGAGACAAAAACGUGCGCUUUUUCGCCAAAAGGAGCCUAAUAGAGUGUUGCGUUUGUAACGAUGGGAUCCUGUGAAAAAAAACAAAAAAAACACAAAAAACAAAAAAGCGCCUUGUGUUUACAGUGACGUGGCUUAUCUGCAGCGCUCAGGUCGUCGUCAUAACAGCUCGGGACGUUUAAGAAUCUUUCAUAUUUGGAGGUGACGUCCACGUUUUAGAGUGGACUUGCUGCGUCCUUCAAAGCAGUGACGUUUGUAUUUCUCUCAAAUUGGCUGGAUGGAAAUGAGAGCAGCUCUGAGCGCUUCUGUUUGUGUUGCCAGUGUCUCCAGGCAGUUCUUGCCUUUCCUGCCACUGCUGCUGCCGCAUACACACGUCCAGCCGCUCGUUCCUGGCCUCUUGGGUUUCAUGAAUUUUACAGUAAUGGCUCUCGGUGUGACCGUUUCUCCUUAAUCUCAUUAAUUCACCUUGAACACGACAAACCAGAUCAGAACGUUUGAGGCAGAAAAAGAACAGACAUUGAAUAUCAGGUUCACAGUUCUUUCAGUUAGCCGCUUUUAUCAACUCUUAACGGACGCCUUUGACAACUGCGUGCAUUCCAGCGUUCGCAAGCAAGGGCUAAUAUGGUUGUUUCAUCUUGUGUAAAUAGGGCCUGUCAACUCGUGAAUAAAACAAACCCGAAUGCCCCCAGUUCCUUUAUUUAUUUUAAAAUUAGUGCGGUGCUGGAGGAAGUCACUUAAACCUUCUCCUUACAUUCUUUUUCGGUUAGACCACUUGCACUGACACGAUAUGCAAAAAAUAAGAACUGGAUGUGAGCCGUUUGUGUAAGCACCUGGCAAACAAACCAAAAACAUGCGGAAUAUCAUCUACGAGUCAUUUUAGUGGCGUCAAAUUGAAUUUGACGUAAUAGUGAUGCCUGUAAACUGAAGAAAACUCCAGCGACCAUUUCACUCAAGGCCUUUCGGGAAUUCCGGGAAUGGAAGCAGGACCGCUUUGACUUCUUUUCUUUCCCCCAACUGGCUGUUUGUCAUUCCUCCCUGUCAGGUUUUCUCUUGAACUUGAAACUUCAUUUUUGCACUGGUCUCGCUCUCCAUCUUACACUUGAACGUCUGAGAACUGAGUGGACCCUCCAGCGGAAGAGGACGUGGCCUUCGACAGGUUCACAAAGGGGGAACGGUUUCUGUUCAUUUCCCCUCUUCUUUUUACGAGAGAUUUUAGUUUGUUGGAAAAUGCCUUGUGGAUCAUUUAAAAGCAGUGAUGUGUGCAAUUAAUUUAUACUUUGUUAAAAGUUUUCUCUGAGAUUUAUUAUUUUCUUCUUUCAGUAAUGUUGGUAACCCGUGAUCUGUUCUUGUGGAGAAAAAAUGUUUUAUAAAAGCCAGUAUUAACAUCA